ACACAACUUUCAGGUUCUUAGCCUUCAGCUCCAACACCAUUCUUCUUAAACAAACAAACAUCGUGACUUAUCUGUGUCUACACUGGAACAACAUUUCUCAUGGCAGCUUUUCAGAGCACUCCAUGGAGGUUGAUUUCUGGGAUCUUAGGAGUAACGUGCCUUGUGCUGAUGGCUACUUUAGGAAUUUUGUUGAAAAAUGCAUUUACUAAACAAAGUAUUCUGCCAACAUCAUCUCCAGGACUCACCACCAUGGAACCUCGGGAAGGCUCUGGCUGCUGUUUUUGCCAAGAGAAGUGGAUUGGGUACCAAUGCAACUGUUACUUCAUUUCCAAUGAAAAAAAAAGUUGGGCUGAAAGUAGGGAUUUCUGUGCUUCUCAGAAUUCCAGUCUACUUCAGUUGAAAAACAUGGAUGAGCUGAAGCAGUUGAUAAAAUCCAGUAGAAGUUUUUACUGGAUUGGACUCUCUUACUCUGACAAACAUCAUGCCUGGUUGUGGGAGGAUGGCUCUGCUUUCUCCAAAGAUCUAUUUGCAUUCACUGAACGUUUAAAUGCAGGAAACUGCAUGCUGUAUAACACACCCAAUACUCUUUUGAAUGAAUACUGCACAGAUGAAAAUUAUUAUAUCUGUGAACAACAUCUUAUUUAGGUAUUGCUGAGGACAGAAGGGUGGGCAAUAAAGGAAGGUCCAGUAUUACUA